AAAGGGAGGAUCGAAUAGAGCGAUUGGCAUACGGCCAUACGGAGCACGGCCAUACGGAGCACGGCCAUACGGAGCACGGCCAUAUGGAGCACAGCCAAAUGGAGCACCCCCCGAUGGCGCACCCCUAUCGGCACCGCAACUACGAGCAGAUGGAAUAUAAAAAAGAUGUGGCCGUUUUGAUUAAGAACAGAAGACAUGAGUAUUACCCAGAGCAUGGUAGCGAGAACUUCGAUGAUGUGAGGAGCCCCAAUGGGCUGAUCGAUCGGGAGAAAACGUGUCCAUUUCUUCUGCGGUUGUUCUAUAAGCUAGACGGUGAAUACAAUGACGUGGAGGAUGUGAAACUAUGCAAAAAAAGCGGAGUACAGAGCAACGAGCUGCAGAUUUAUGGAUGGCUGGACAUCACCAUGCGUGAGAUCGUAACGCUAGUUAAGGAUUUUUAUCAGGAGAGCCGGAAGAGGGAUGCCCAUUGGGUGUUUAAGGUCUACUCCAACGAGAAAAAAAAGCUGACUUUUUUGUCUCGCGUCCACAGCACCAAGUACAACUACCGGGAGGACAACAAGACGUUGCUAUCGUUGGACUACGAUAUCGGAGACAUUCUUCUCCUCUCCAUCAUGUUCGAGGGGCAGGCCGCGU